AUGGAGGAGGGUGAGGAUGAUCCAUGCCAUGGUGGAUACAAGAGGACACACACUAGGCCAGACAGGAGCAAGCUGGACCCACAGAAUGUAGAGGUGCCUUUACUCUGGAAGUUCUCUGAUGACCCAUCGCCAUGGAGAUGUGAUGAUGCACCUGUACUUCCUUCCCAACUGUCACUGUGUGAGCUGAGCUGCUGCAGUUUGGUCACUGGUGAGAAGUUCCCCAUGAUGGGAAAUGUGAAUUGCCGUUCUUUAGGAAAUUUCUGUAGCAAUGAAGCAGAAGAUGUACCUCACAAGACGACAAUAUCCAUAAAGAAAAGAGACUGCUUCUGCUCGCACAUCAGGGUGCACCCUCUUCCUGUACCAGAGGAAGCUCAUCCCAAGGGCCUGAUGCAAGAGUUUCCCAGAACAAAUGCAGAGGAAGUACCCAUAACACUUCCUGAGGGUGAGGCCACAGUAACUGUUCACAGUAUAUAUUCUAGAAUUGGAAUCUUGUUGAGAACAACUCUUGCUGACUAUGAGGGUUCCAUCAAUGUCCUGAUGGAUGAAGUUUCCAGUGACAUGGGAGACAGAGACACCACAUGGACUUCCCAUAGUUUUUGUCUGGAGAGCAUAGCAAACUCCAGCAGUGAAGAGGAAGACUCUGCAGCCACCCAAACAUCAUUGAUGCCGUCCAAAGGAAGGCAACUCCAAGGAUGGCAAGGAUUCAGAAGAAAGGAGCAACGUGGUGCCUAUGGACCUGGUCAUGCUGGAUUCUGCUCUUCCUUUCAGUUCCCAAGAAGCACCCCUUCGCCAGAUUUAGGAUUAAAAGCAAGGGAAGCAGGUUUGCAGUCACCAGAGGAGCAAAUGCAUAUGUGGUGUCCAAUCACCAGGGCGCUGUCACUCUGCUCUCCUCCCCUCAUCCCGGAUGGGCCAUCUUGGAUCCUGCAGUUGAGGGACAGCACAGAACAGCAUCGUGACCUUCCUCUCUCAGCACAGAGCUUCACUCCCUGUCCCCUGUGGCCCAGACUUCCUGUGCAAGGUCUCCGAAAUAUCCUGAGGUACUGGCACUUUCCCAGAGUGGACCCUUCACUCACCUGAAGUGACUGAUGGGAACCUUGCAAGCAAGAUACCAGUGCCCAUCUGGUACUGUUUUCUGUUGCCCUGAAGAAGUCCCAUUGACAUUUCUCAUAGUGAAAGUCUAUUCACAGACAUUCUCAGUGUUGAUAUUCCAUAAAUGGAUUUAGUUUUCUUCCCUCAUUUAAGGAAAUUUUUCUAGGUGUGGAAUUCAAGGUUGGCACUGGCAGACUUUAAAGAUGCCAUUCAACGUUAUUGGUUUGCAUUUUCUUCUAAUAAAGAGUUGUCAUCCCACUUA